AUGCCGCUCCCCCAACCUCCUCGCGGGGCCUCCCGUAGUAGUGGCCCAGUGGCGAGCAGCAACCCACCCGCCAAGAUGAAGCAGGAGCAGCAAAAGCAUCAGCAGCAGCAGCAGCAUCAGGCACCCGGUCGAGACACCUCCACGACAGCAGCAGCAGCGAAGAAAACCAGAAAGUCCUCGCGGAGUUUGUUGACUGUGGAGGAUGCCCAAAGAGUGCGGCAUAGGGGGGAGAGGCGUCUACACAGCGAAAAGAACGCAGCUACAACAGACACAAAAACCCACUCCAUUGUACACAAAGAUAGCAUUUCUGCCUUCAGUAAAGACAAUGGCACCCCAGCAGGGAUGGCGGGUGUAAAGACAGCGCAGAAAAGGGAAGUAGACCAAGCAGCAGCGAAGGAGCAGGUGGGCCACCGUGCUGCUGAUGCUGAACCCUCUGCGGGCCCCUCUUCCUCUUUGAGAUAUGAACAACCUCCUACAUUGCACGACAGAAAAGAAAUGCAGAGCAAGAGCGUAAUGGAAGAGAAGCCCCAAAAGAAGAGCAGGGUGGGCCUCCCCCAACAAACCUCUGCUAACUCAAACAGGCUCGCUGCUCUUCAGAAGCAAACGCAAGAAGCAGAAGCAGCAGAAAAGAAAGAAAGGAAGGAGGGAGUGCAGCAGCUGCUGCAGCAGAAAAACCCAGUAAAGGCCCCAGAUAUGCAGCAGCUAUUGUUAGGUGACAAACGAAUGCCGCAGCGGUUCGCUGAUGACGAUACAGCAGCAGAACACUGGAAAGUUAUGCCCCACAUUAAAAAGAAAGACUACUUGCUACAAUACACAAAGGCGAAAGACAGAAAAUGGACGCCUAGAAGAGGAACAGCAAAUACAGGAGAUGAGCAACAAACAAAUUUCGAUCCGAAGGACAUGGAUAUGUUAUGCGCAAACUGGACUGAACCUGAUCCGAAGUCUUCGAUAUCCUCUCUUUCCAAAGCUGCUGUCCAGCGAUCUUCUUUAGGCGAAUCGGAGGCGGAACUGCCCGAUUUUUCUUCAAAUUGUUCUGCUGAUGCGUUUUAUUUAAAACGAUUAAAUACAAAAGAAGCUAUUGACACAACUUUGUUGGAAACUUAUCUUCGUGACUCAUGGAGGCAUCGGCAGGCUCUGCAUUCGUCCGUGCAAGAGACUGCUGCAUAUAAACGGGAAAAAGGAUUAAAUAGAGUUACAGACAAGCUCAUUGAAAGCAUAAAAGAGCCUCCAAAAGGAAUUCUGCGCAUCGAAGCGAUAUACGAUGAAGGGUUAGGAGAUCCUUACGGCCGCAACGUUGGCCCUGAGGACCCUUUGCCUUUUCAACUUGAAAGCAAAGACGAACAAACAGAACUCCUCGCGCUGCAUCAUAUUACACAAGCAGCAGAAGCUAUGAAGAGCCGCCUCACUGAGAGGUUCCCCUUUGCAGAUAUUUCUUGGUCGCGGCAGCCCUCCUUUGAUGAGGGCAACAUAAAUGAAUUGUUUUGUUUAAAAGAAGGAGACAAAAAGUGUGAUAUCAAUCUAACGGACUCGUUUCUCAAGUCGCACGAACGCGUCCGA